UGUGUCUGCAUACCAGUCCGUGAGUAACGAGGAAAGUUGUAACUUAUAAUCCAAACAAGCUAAUGUAAGUUAUAGUCUCGCACCGAAGACAUGGAAGACCAUGGAAGAAAUCAAAUCGUUUGAUUACUCAGUACAGUAACGUUAUAAUAGUACUCAAGAUCCAUAGAAGUGGAACACCCACCCCGUCCCCAUCUGCCCCCAAAGCGACUUGGGAUAGAUCACGUAGUUCGGAUAGUUAUCAAACCCGGAAGUACUUAGCCCAAGUGACAGACACUAUGAUAUUUGGCAAAGUGAUGUCGACGACAGCUGUUUAAUUGUCCAUUCCUCCUUCAGACAUCGUCUAGCUUCAACCAAGGACGUUAACGUUAUAUUAUCAAUAAUGGCUUCGCUCCUUCAAAGCGUUCUCGAAGUAGUGAUCACAUUGGCGAAGAAUUUACAAAAUGGCACCCUGGAGCUCGUCGAACUAGCUCGCAAUGGCGUAGCCCUGAACGACGUCGGGCAUGUUGUCCAGAAGAAUGCACUGGUGCUUGUUCUCUGGUGCCUGUUCGUCUUUGUGAUCGCCAGAAUGUGCUGUGGAGGCCGGGGAUAUGGAUCGAGGGUGAAGGUGAAGACAAGGGAAAACUUCGAGCCUGGUAAAGUGUACCUCCACCAGCACAUCCCAGCCAGCAGCCUGCCCAGCCUGUCACCCUUCUGCCUGAAGCUGGAGAUGUACCUGCGCUUGGCAGGCAUUCCGUACGAGAACGUCUACAAAAGGAUGGAUCCUGGCCCCAAUGGGAAGAUUCCGUGGAUAGAGUACAAUGGGCGAGCUAUGGCAGACUCUGGGCUCAUCAUCCAGUUCCUCAAAGAGGAGCUACAGCUCGACCUGAACCGAUCCCUCAGUACCACGGACAGAGCCAUCAGCCGGGCUUUCGUGAAGAUGCUGGAGGAAAACACCUACUGGGGCUUGGUGCACUUCCGCUGGAUUGAGCAUUUCCACGUUCUUGGGUCCCUGUUCGAGGUUGGCUGGUUUGUGCACAACGUUCUACUUCGGCGAUCUGCGCGAAGACUGAGCAAGAUGUUGUGGGCACAAGGCAUGGGUCGACAUUCCCAGGAAGAUAUCAAUGACAUCACCGAGAAGGACAUCAUGGCGGUCUCGGAGUUUCUAGGAGAGAAACCAUUCUUCAUGGGGGAGGAGCCCACCGAGGCUGACGCCACUGUGUACGGGUUCAUGGCGGAGAUCCUGUGGGCCGCACCCAAGUCGUCUGACCUGCACGCCCUGGUCACUGAGAAGUGUCCGAACAUCAGGGAGUACUGUGUGCGGAUGACCCGCCGAUACUGGCAGGACUGGAAGGGUCUGACGGACAAGUGCUGAAUCGUAAUCGUUGGUCGGUGGCGAAAAGGAGCUGAAACAUAUAACGUUAACGUACCCAGAAAAGGAGUGCAUGUUGCCCAAUAAUACCAGAACGGAUAAUACAGGUGUAUUUUAGGCUAAAUAGCUUGGGGGAUUCUGGAUUUACCGGUUUAUUUGAAGUUUUUCUCAAGUCACUCCAAAUGAGUACCAGAACUCAACUGACUUUGUUAAAACUUCUUCAUUCAAAGAGGAGAACGGGAUCGGCCGUUCGAUAUUAAGUUUAUUUUAUCAGCCACGUUGACAUAUUUAGAUGAUGAUUAGGAUAAUAACUUUACUAGUACUCAUCAUCUGUACUAUUUCAUAUUUCCGAUGCCUCUCUAAUUGUUUAGAUACAGUUGCCAAUAGUAGCUGGUCAGGUGAAAGUAGUUAGCAAAUGGAUCGGGGGCCAAAAUUGAAAUGCUCAGACGCUGCUUCUUGUAGCUCCCUUGUAGAUAUUGAAGUGUAGCCGUAUUUCUGUAACUAUCCGUAAUCUUUUGUAACUGCCCUAUACCAUUCCAUAAGCUUGUGUUAUAUAUAAUAUAGUGCAAUGUGUAGAUCUGGUUACGGUAUAGCAAACCUCCUUGGGUAUAGCAAUGGCAGCUUUGUAUACAAGAUAGUCAGUGAUGAUACAAGAUAGUAACGGUAAUACGGCCGAGAACGACAUAUACACGCAUGUACGAGAGAAAUCGACCCGGCUUGGUGUGCUUGUAUAUGCAGUGUAGCCUAGCUGCCGGGUUUAUGAAAUAAAACAUCCUACCACUAGAACCGAAAAGUUACAUUGGUUCAUAUACCCGAAAUUUAUGCAGUUUGCAUGUCCAUGUUUUUACGUCAAGUUCAGGAAUAUUAGCUUCUUAUGUAUCUAUUAUGUAUGUUAGCUAAUGGGCGGAAUAAAAUAUCCAAGUUUU